AUGAAGUACGAUGUGUUCAUAAGUUUUAGAGGCAAAGAUGUUCGCAAGAACUUCGUGGGAUUUUUGCACCAAGAGUUGGAGCGUUUGGGGCUAAAAGCUCUCGUAGACGAGAAAGAGUUCAAAAUCGGAGACGAUCUAUUCGAUUUGUUCAAAAUAAUAGAAGAAUUGAAGUUCGUGAUUGUGAUUCUUUCGAAUAAUUAUGCUUCUUCCAAAUGGUGUUUGAGAGAGCUUACCAAAAUCAUGGAGUCUAUGGAAAUGGCUCAAGCUCGUGCUCUUCCUGUGUUCUACCGGGUACAGCCUUCUGAAAUUAGAAACCUUUCCAACCCUUUUCUUAAGAAGAAGUUUGUUAAGUUUAAAAGCUUUAUGAAAGGAGUUGAUGAUCAAAAAAUGCGAAGGAAAUUGGAAGAGAUUAAACGUUAG